AUGGCAAUCACUCACAAGUUGGACCCCGGUGCGGCAUUGGAACACCUUGAUUUCCGGCGACUAUCGAAACUUCCCCCUCUACCUCCAUCACCUCCACCAACCCCGCCUAACGUCGGGUCUAAAGAUCAUUCAUCACCUGAACACAUUGGUGCGCUUAUCAAAAACCUAAGCAACUUCAGCAUCUCCGGCAUCGAUCAGACCGACAACGACCCUCCACGUCACACACCCCCAAUUACUCAUACCAACGUCAACCGACCUCCUUCUCCUUUCUUGUCUCCCUUACCACAUCCUACUUCCCAAUUUCCUCCUAGAUCAUCUACGGCAAUACAACCUCCCACUCGACAAACAUCUUCGAUCGACCGACCUCAUCCAAUGUCAGCAUUGACGGCAUCCGAGAUCACCCCCAGGACUAAAUUUCUUCAGCAACCAAGCAUUUACAAACAAGAUGUUGAGCAACUUGCGGCCGACGGCUCUAACUUUGACAAAUGGAAGCGUGGUCUCACGCGUAUCAUAUUACUCACCCUCGGCCAUGCGAAUUUCUUUGAGAAGACGGAGAACUAUAUCAAACUUACGGCACAAGAAAACACGUGUCUCCUUUUCCUUAUCCAAAUCACCAUUCACGAUGAAUUAUUGUCCCUCGUUGACCAAUAUACUAAGGGAACUGAAGCGUAUGAUGCGGUACAAUCCAAUUUCCAGGGCACCGUUUGUUUUCGCCAAAUGGAACUCAUCGAUAAACUUCUCGAGUUCCGGGUAUCUGGACCCACAACCAAUCUGACCCAAAUUCCAGGUCUGUUCAACAAGAUCUUCGAGACCUUCUCUGGCCUUCAAAAUGCGGGUACUGGACUUUCACCUCUCGUGGAGAACCUCAUCCUCCAAUCCAUCAUUCCCCCGCAAUCUUCAAUGUCAAGAUCGCAAUUAUUCCAAAACAUCUCGUUACAACUCGGCAACAAGGCUGACGUUACGGCCCGCGAUAUUCAAACUAUCAUUACCUCGGCUUACGGUGAGGCCUUACAAUUUGAUUCAUCACCCUUGAACGGCGUCUCGGUAUUCCGCACAUGGUGA